ACGAUCAAGUUCAAGCCUUCUCCUCUCCUCACCUUUGUAUUUUUUGUUUCUGUUGAUCGUACUCUGGGCAAGCGAAACCGAAAGAACAACAACAACCGCAAAGUGUGUGUGUUUAUGAAAAGCAAUCUGAAUAGCAAUCGAACAACGAAAACCAGGAUAGCCAUGUCAUCGAGUGUGCUGACCACGACGAGCCACGACCUCUUCCCCACAACCAUCAACACGGCCACGAAAAUCUUUCGCUAUCAGCACAUAAUGCCGGCGCCCAGUCCUCUGAAUCCGGGCCACAACCAGAAUCAGAAUCAGAACCAACCCAACUCUGCCAACGGGACCGCAAUGCCCAUCAAGACCCGCAAGUAUACGCCGAGGGGCAUGGCUCUGGCAAGGUCCUCCUCCGAUUCGGUCUCGUCCAUGUCGCCCGGCUCCUCGCCGGCUCCCUACAAUGUGGAUCAAUCACAGUCCGUUCAGAGACGCAACGCUCGCGAGCGGAACCGUGUGAAACAGGUGAACAACAGCUUCGCCCGGUUGCGCCAACACAUCCCACAGUCGAUCAUCUCGGACUUGACCAAGGGCGGCGGCCGGGGACCCCACAAAAAGAUCUCCAAGGUGGACACGCUCCGGAUCGCCGUCGAGUACAUAAGGAGACUGCAGGAUCUGGUCGAUGAUCUGAAUGGGGGAACCGGCGGCAGCAGCAGCAGCAAUACGAGCAAUGCGGUUAGUCAACUGCAACUCUGCCUGGACGAGUCCAGCAGUCACAGUUCAAGCAGCAGCACUUGCAGUUCCUCGGGCCACAAUACCUUCUAUCAAACUACGACAAAUCCUCUCCAGCAGCAGCAGCAGCUGCAGAGGCAGCAGUUCAACCACCAGCCGCUGACAGCCAUCUCGCUAAAUAGCAACCUGGUGGCCACAUCACUGCCGGGUGGAAACAACGGAGGAGGAGGCGCCACCAUCGCCAUCGCCAACAACAACAACCAGCAAACCUGCCACUCGCCCACUUCCUCCUUCAACUCCAGCAUGUCCUUCGAUUCGGGCACCUACGAGGCGGCUCCCCAGCAACUGUCCAAUCAUUUGGAGCACCUAGACCUCGUCGACAACGAGGAGCACACCACGCACCACUCGCAGCUCCAGCUGAAGUUCGAGCCCUACGAACACUUUCAACUGGACGAAGAGGACUGCACGCCCGACGACGAGGAGAUCCUGGACUACAUAUCCUUAUGGCAGGAGCAGUGAAACGGUCCUAAAAAUCCUUAAAAAAAAAAGAAACCCCAACACAUCCUGUUCUCUUCUAGUCAAUGUUGAGUUGAACCAAGUGCCUCAAAUUGUAAAUACCACUCAUGCGAAAAAACACAUACAUUUUUUUUUCCUAUUUUAAGCUAAUU